AUGAAAUGCUUGCAGAUUUUUGAGAGAGAAGUGUUAAAAUCCAUUAAGUUCUUCCACAGAUCCUCGUGGGUCUUGACCCAUUUGGUGGCACUUUUAUGUCCAUUUGCUAAAAUAUUGGGUUUCAUUCGAGGGAUCCGGCCCAAUAGAAUGAGAGUGGGAGGAGUGGGGCAAUCACAAUUAUUGGGCCGAAAUGGAGAGAGUGCAGCCACAGUGGCACAGUCCAUUGUCAGCAAAGAGAACAACAUACCACUUGAAGUUAUUCUGAUGUACAAGAAUCUUCUUGGAGUGUUGAAUGGAGAGAGUCAAAGAACUGUUCCUAGCAUCCCUUUUGGUGGGAAUGCAAUUGAUAGGCUGUCCGGGUUGAGAACUAAAAUGAGGCUACCCUAUUUUGGCAAGAUGAAGUUCAUGAAACUUGGAUCAAAACCAGAUUCAUUUCAGACUGAUGGGAAUACUAUUAGGUAUGUGGCUACCGAGUUGGCAACUGAUAUCAUUGUUAACGUGGGGGAUAUAAAGUUUUAUCUGCAUAAGUUUCCUCUUCUGUCCAAAAGUGCUCACUUGCAGAAGUUGGUAACUACUGCCAACGGAGAAAACAGCGAUGAGGUUGACAUUUCUGAUAUUCCCGGUGGGCCUUCUGCCUUUGAGAUAUGUGCCAAAUUUUGUUAUGGCAUGACUGUAACCCUCAAUGCUUACAAUGUUGUUGCUACCCGAUGUGCGGCUGAAUACCUGGGAAUGCAUGAAACUAUCGAAAAAGGGAACCUCAUUUACAAAAUUGAUGUCUUCCUUAGCUCUAGCAUUUUUCGCAGCUGGAAGGAUUCAAUCAUUGUUCUUCAGACCACAAGAUCACUUUUGCCAUUAUCUGAGGAACUGAAGGUGAUCAGCCAUUGCGUUGAUGCUGUUGCUGCUAAGGCCUGUGUUGAUGUUUCAAAAGUUGACUGGUCCUAUUCGUAUAACCGAAAAAAACUCCCUGAGGAAAAUGGGAAUGAUCCAAACUGGAAUGGUCUGAGAAACCGAUCAGUGCCAAAGGACUGGUGGGUUGAGGAUUUAUGUGAGCUGGAAAUUGGUUUAUUUAAGUGUGUUGUUAUGGCAAUCAGAAACAAAGCCAUACUUUCUGAUGAGGUGAUAGGAGAAGGUUUGAAAGCUUAUGCUUACAGAAGGCUGCCAGGUUUCAGCAAGGGUAUGAUUCAGUGUGGAGACACAGCAAAAUAUAGAUCAACCGUUGAUACCAUUGUGUGGCUGUUGCCUGCUGCGCGAGGCAGUGUCUCCUGUAGUUUUUUGCUGAAGCUAUUAAAAGCAGCCAUAUAUGUUGACUUGGGCAAUACAACCAAAGGACAGCUGAUAGGGAGAAUAGGGCAGCAACUAGAAGAGGCUUCUGUAAAUGAUCUUUUGAUUCAUGCAGCGGAAGGGGAGAAUAUGAUGUAUGAUGCUGAUGCAGUAAAGAAAAUGGUGGAAGAGUUUCUUAUGCAAGAUCAGAUUGCUGAGAUUGAGUCCGAAGAAGGCCAUGAGGUUCAGGAGAUAAGAAAACCAGGGAUUUUAUCUGAUGCUUCCAAGCUCAUGGUGGCAAAACUGAUAGAUGGAUACCUAGCUGAAAUAGCUAAGGAUCCCAAUCUCCCCCUGUUGAAGUUUGUUGAGCUUGCUGAGAUGGUAUCUGGCAUCUCUAGACCUGCUCAUGAUGCACUUUACCGGGCAGUUGACAUGUAUCUUAAGGAACACCCAGGGAUCAGCAAGAGUGAGAGGAAGAGGAUAUGCAAAUUGAUGGACUGCAAGAAACUAUCAGUUGAUGCAUGCAUGCAUGCAGUGCAGAAUGACAGACUACCAUUGCGUGUAGUUGUGCAGGUGCUCUUCUUCGAGCAGGUCAGGGUGGCUGCCUCAUCUGGCAGUAGCACCCCUGAUCUUCCUAAAAGCAUCAGGGAUCUGAACAAUGGAUCUCAAAGGAGCUCAAGGUCAGCCACUACUAACACAGAAGAAGAUUGGGAUGCUGUGGCAACCGUCGAGGAGCUCAAGGCUCUAAAGGAGGAGGUAGCUUCCUUGAGAUUGGCUAAUGGUAAAAAUGGCGUAGAUAAGGCUGUCGGUCACAAGAUGAAAGGGAUGCUCAAAUCGAAGAUCUUUACGAAGCUCUGGUCAAGCAAAGGAGAAAAGGGCGAGAACAGUGGCUCGGAUUCAUCAGAAAGUCUUGGUUCUGCUAACAUGGAAGAAGCUAAAUCCACACCUUCCAGAAAUAGGAGGCAUUCAGUCUCUUAG